AAGACGGGAGUGACGCCUGCGCCAAGUGAGCAUAUUUGCGACGUUGAAUAUCGACUCCCACCUUCUGCUUUCUCACAUUCUGCGUUAAAUCUGCGAGUCCUUGCACAGUCCGUGUUGGACGUGACAGCGAACGAAGCAUGGACUCUCGAAAAGUGGCAGAGUUGAAGGGCUUCGUGCAACUAUGCGAGUCCAAUCCCGCCAUCCUGCAACUUCCCGAGAUGGCUUUCUUCCGGAGCUGGUUGCAGAGCAUGGGUGCAAAGAUACCUUCUCAAUCCUCCCCCAAGAGUCAUUGCCAGGGUGAGUGUCCCUGCGGUCCUCCUCCGACCUCUACAGCUUCCCCAACUGAGCCUGUGCCACCAGAUUCAUCUGAGAGUGAGGAGAGUGAACUUGAAAAAGACCUCGAGGGUGUCAUUGAACCAGACACAGAUGAACCACAGGAAAUGGGAGACCCAGAUAAUGUUGAGGUGACGGACGAGAUGAUGGACAGGGCCAAUGACAAGAAGAUGGAAGCCAUUGAUGCUCUUGGAGGAGGAGAUCUACAGAAAGCGCUGGAUCUUUUCACUGAGGCCAUCAAGCUGAAUCCCUGUGUUGCCAUUAUGUACGCAAAGAGGGCAAGCGUUUACAUUCAGAUGCAGAAACCCAAUGCAGCCAUUAGAGACUGUGACAGAGCCAUCACGAUCAAUCCGGACUCAGCGCAGCCUUACAAAUGGAGGGGGAAAGCUCACAGGCUGUUGGGCCACUGGGAGGAGGCAGCCCGGGAUCUGGCCACAGCAUGUAAACUGGAUUAUGAUGAGGAUGCCAGUGCACUGCUGAAAGAGGUCCAACCAAAGGCUAACCGAAUAAUCGAGCACCGGCGCAAAUAUGAACGCAAGAGGGAAGAGAAGGAGAUCAGGGAGAAACAGGAGCGUAUAAAGAAAGCAAAGGAAGAGCACGCUCGGGCUCAGAAGGAAGAGGAAGCCAGAGGAGGGGCAGGGCCAGGAGGAGCAGGAUUCUUCCCAGGUGGUGCAGGAUUCCCUGGUGGAUUCCCAGGCGGCGCUGCCGGCAUGCCUGGUCUGAAUGACCUCCUGCAGGAUCCCGAGAUGCUCACCGCCAUGCAGGAUCCGGAAGUGAUGGUCGCCUUCCAGGAUGUGGCACAGAACCCAAUUAACAUCGCGAAGUACCAGAACAACCCCAAGAUCAUGGCGCUCAUCACCAAGCUGAGCUCCAAGUUUGGGGGCGCUGCACCUCAGCCAUAGACGGACCAAAGAUGAGACAAGGAUUUUGUGGACUGCAACAAUCUUUUGAGGGGUUUUCAAUAAUUCUAUGGUGUGCAUAUCAAAUGUUGUCGGGUGGUCACUUAAUUGGAGUGCUUGUUUUUAGAGGAGCUGGUGGUGAAUUCAAAUGAAAUCUAUUUCAUCAGUACUAAAAAGCAACCAGAGAGGAGCCAGGGGGUGUAUUUACAUGACCUCUGUGACAUGAAUUAGCUGGCACUUAACCACAAAGUUGUUUCUUGCAUUUGCAAUGUGUGAGCUCCUGUACUCACUAACCCAUUUUUACAUCCAUUUAAACACCACCGAGAUUUUGUUCAAAUAUUCAAACCAGUUUUUUUGUUGGUCAUUAAAAAUUGUUUGGUGUCUUACCCAUUUGAGAAAAAUGAAUAAAGCUCUUUUCUCUAAUGCA